UACCAUCACUUCAGUGACACCAGACUUCACAGUGCCCUCAAGGCAUUGCACAGACACCCGUACAUCCCACUACAUCCAACCCCUCUAUGGAGGGCUUUCUAGUUAGGAUUUCUCAGCUGCUCCAUAAUGACCACAGACUUCUCACCUCAUCUUCCCACCAGGCUUCAUGGAACAGUCUACGAACCGACCACCCCACGCUGACCCCUGCUCAGCUCCACCAUCUGCUCAGCCACUACCAGCUGGGUCCUGGCCGCGGGCCCCCACCUGCUUGGGAGCCUCUCCCUGCAGACCGGGAUGCUGUGGACACAGGGGACAUCUUCGAAAGCUUCUCCUCCCAUCCGCCCCUCAUCCUGCCCUUGGGCAGCUCGCGCCUGCGCCUCUCCGGGCAGGUGACGGACGACGCCUUGCACCGUGAACUGCGCAGACUCCGCCGCCUCCUCUGGGACCUGGAGCAGCAGGAACUGCCGGCCAAUCACCGCCACGGACCUCCUGUGGCCACGCCCCCUUGAAAACCAAUAGCAAACGAGCGCGCGAGCCUUGAAAAUUCUUGGGCUGCUACUCACUGGAGCCCUCCUGAGCGCAGAACUUUCUGGGAGUUGUAGUUCUUUUCCCGCUUGGAAUGCUGGGAGUUUGAGUUUUUGGGUCGUAGAGGCUGGGACGGUGGGUAGAUGGGUGUGGGAUUGGAGUGCCAGGAGCAAUAAAGGCAUCUGUGGUAUUGA